AUGGGGGCUCACCAGACAGACCUAGAAGGUGGAGCUGGAGAUGAUAAUGAAGAAGGUGGAGCUGAAGAUGAUGGUGGAGCUGAAGAUGAUGGUGAUGAUGAAGAAGGUGGAGCUGGAGAUGAUAAUGAAGAAGGUGGAGCUGAAGAUGAUGUGAUGAUGAAGAAGGUGGAGCUGGAGAUGAUAAUGAAGAAGGUGGAGCUGAAGAUGAUGGUGGAGCUGAAGAGGAUGGUGAUGAUGAAGAAGGUGGAGCUGGAGAUGAUAAUGAAGAACGGUGGAGCUGAAGAUGAUGGUGGAGCUGAAGAUGAUGGUGAUGAUGAAGAAGGUGGAGCUGGAGAUGAUAAUGAAGAAGGUGGAGCUGAAGAUGAUGGUGGAGCUGAAGAUGAUGGUGAUGAUGAAGAAGGUGGAGCUGGAGAUGAUAAUGAAGAAGGUGGAGCUGAAGAUGAUGGUGGAGCUGAAGAUGAUGGUGAUGAUGAAGAAGGUGGAGCUGGAGAUGAUAAUGAAGAAGGUGGAGCUGAAGAUGAUGGUGGAGCUGAAGAUGAUGGUGAUGAUGAAGAAGGUGGAGCUGGAGAUGAUAAUGAAGAAGGUGGAGCUGAAGAUGAUGGUGAUGAUGAAGAAGGUGGAGCUGGAGAUGAUGGUGAUGAUGAAGAAGGUAAAGCUGGAGAUGAUGAAGAAGGUGGAGCUGGAGAUGAUGAAGAAGGCAGAGCUGGAGAUGAUGAAGAAGGUGGAGCUGUAGAUGAUUGUUAUAAUGAAAAAGGUGGAGCUGAAGAUGGUGGUGAUGAUGAUGAUGAAGAAGGUGGAGCUGGAAAUGAUGGGGAUGAUGAAGGUGAAGCUGGAGAUGGUGGAGCUGGAAAUGAUGCGGAUGAUGAAGAAGGUGGAUCUGGAGAUGAUGGUGAUGAUGAAGAAGGUGGAGCUGUAGAUGAUGAAAAAGGUGGAUCUGAAGAUGGUGGUGAUGAUGAAGAAGGUGGAGCUGGAAAUUAUGGUGAUGAUGAAGGUGAAGCUGGAGAUGGUGGAGCUGGAAAUGAUGCUGAUGAUGAAGGUGGAGCUGGAGAUGAUGAAGGUGGAGGUGGUGAUGAUGAAGGUGAAACUGGAGAUGGUGGUGAUGAUGAAGAAGGUGGAGCUGGAAAUGAUGGUGAUGAUGAAGAAGGUGGAGCUUGAGAUGAUGUUGGUGAUGAAGAAGAUGGAGAUGGUGAUGAUUGAUGAAGAAGGUGGAGCAGGAGACUGUAGUGAUGAUGAAGAAGGUGGAGCUGGAGAUGAUGGUGAUGAUGAAGGUGGAGCUGGAGAUGAUGUUCGUGAUGAAGAAG